AUGGCGGCAGCGGCAGCUGCAGUGGGUGUCAGACUCCGAGACUGCUGCAGCCGGGGCGCUGUGCUCCUGCUCUUCUUCUCCCUGUCCCCUCGGCCCCCCGCCGCCGCCGCCUGGCUGCUGGGCCUCAGGCCCGAGGACACCGCUGGAGGCCGCGUGUCCCUGGAGGGGGGCACCCUACGCGCGGCAGAAGGCACCAGCUUCCUCCUGCGUGUCUAUUUCCAGCCCGGGCCCGCAGCCCCCGCGGCGCUGGUGCCCGUACCCACCCUUUCCUCGGGGGAGAACGGCACGGGCGACUUGGCUCCACGGCUCGUGUUUAUCGAGGAGCCGCCGGGCGGGAGCGGCUUGGCGCCCAGCGCGGUCCCCACGCGUCCGCCGGGUCCGCAGCGCUGCCGCGAGCAGAGCGACUGGGCGUCGGAUGUGGAGGUCCUGGGGCCCCUGCGCCCCGGAGGCGUGGCCGGGUCGGCUCUGGUCCAGGUGCGAGUGCGAGAGCUGCGCAAGGGUGAGGCAGAGAGGGGCGGCGCGGGCGGUGGCGGGAAACUCUUUUCGCUGUGCGCCUGGGACGGACGCGCCUGGCACCACCACGGCGCCGCCGGCGGCUUCCUGCUGCGCGUCCGCCCGCGGCUGUACGGCCCGGGCGAGGGCCUGCUGACCCCCGCGUGGCUGCGGGCGCUCGGGGCGCUCCUGCUGCUCGCGCUGUCCGCCCUGUUCAGCGGUUUGCGCCUGAGCCUGCUCUCGCUGGACCCCGUGGAGUUGCGGGUGCUGCGGAACAGCGGCUCGGCCACGGAGCAGGAGCAGGCGCGCCGCGUGCAGGCGGUGCGUGGCCGGGGGACCCAUCUGCUCUGCACGCUGCUCCUGGGCCAAGCCGGAGCCAACGCGGUCCUGGCCGGCUGGCUGUACACCUCGCUGCCGCCGGGCGUCGGGGGUCCGGGGGAAGACUACGGCGAGGCGGGGAUUCACUUCCCGUGGCUGCCGGCGCUGGUGUGCACCGGCGCCGUGUUCCUGGGUGCGGAGAUCUGCCCCUACUCCGUGUGCUCGCGGCACGGGCUGGCCAUCGCCUCGCACAGCGUGUGCCUGACCCGGCUCCUGAUGGCGGCCGCUUUCCCCGUGUGUUACCCGCUGGGCCGCCUGCUGGACUGGGCGCUGCGCCAGGAGAUCAGCACUUUCUACACGAGGGAAAAGCUGCUGGAGACGCUGCGGGCCGCGGACCCCUACAACGACCUGGUGAAAGAGGAGCUCAACAUCAUUCAGGGCGCCCUGGAGCUGCGCACCAAAGUGGUGGAGGAGGUGCUGACCCCUCUGGGAGACUGCUUCAUGCUGCGCUCCGACGCCGUGCUGGACUUUUCCACGGUGUCCGAGAUCCUGCGCAGUGGCUACACUCGCAUCCCCGUGUACGAGGGCGAUCAGCGGCACAACAUUGUGGACAUUCUGUUUGUCAAGGACUUGGCCUUCGUGGACCCCGAUGACUGCACCCCACUCCUCACCGUCACCCGCUUCUACAACCGGCCCCUGCACUGCGUCUUCAAUGAUACUCGGCUGGACACGGUGCUGGAGGAGUUUAAGAAGGGAAAAUCUCACCUGGCCAUUGUCCAGCGGGUGAAUAAUGAGGGAGAAGGGGACCCCUUCUACGAGGUGAUGGGCAUUGUCACAUUGGAGGACAUCAUAGAGGAGAUCAUCAAGUCAGAGAUACUGGACGAGACUGACCUCUACACCGACAAUCGGAAAAAGCAGAGGGUCCCGCACCGGGAGAGGAAGCGGCAUGACUUCUCCUUGUUUAAGCUUUCUGACUCGGAGAUGAGGGUGAAGGUUUCCCCACAGCUUCUCCUGGCCACGCACCGCUUCAUGGCCACAGAAGUGGAGCCCUUUAAGUCUCUGUACCUUUCGGAGAAGAUCCUACUCCGGCUCUUGAAACAUCCCAACGUGAUCCAGGAGCUGAAGUUUGAUGACAAGAACAAGAAAGCUCCGGAACACUACCUCUACCAGCGCAGCCGCCCGGUGGACUACUUCGUGCUGCUGCUCCAGGGGAAAGUGGAGGUGGAGGUUGGUAAGGAAGGCCUUCGCUUCGAGAAUGGAGCCUUCACCUACUAUGGUGUCCCAGCCAUCAUGACCACUUCUUGCUCAGAUAAUGAUGUGCGGAAGGUGGGAAGUCUGGCUGGAUCCUCUGCCUUUCUGCCCGUGUCUGUGUCUCGUACCUUCGCCUUCAGCAGAGGGGACUCUCUGGCAGGCUCGCCAGUAAACCGCUCCCCUUCACGCUGUAGCGGGUUGAACCGCUCCGAGUCUCCCAACCGUGAGCGCAGUGACUUUGGGGGCAGCAACACCCAGCUGUGCAGUAGCAACAACCUCUACACUCCUGACUACUCCGUCCACAUCCUCAGCGACGUGCAGUUUGUGAAGAUCACACGGCAGCAGUACCAGAAUGCGCUCACCGCCUGCCACAUGGACAAUUCACCCCAGUCCCCCGACAUGGAGGCCUUCACUGACGGAGACUCCACCAAGGCCCCCACGACCCGGGGCACACCCCAGACCCCCAAGGAUGACCCUGCUGUCAUCCUCCUAAACAACAGGAGCAGCCUGCCAUGCAGCCGCUCCGAUGGGCUGAGAAGCCCUGGCGAGGUUGUGUACCUGAGGAUGGAGGAGAUGGCCUUCGCCCAGGAGGAUGUGACAGACUUCCAGGAGCACAGCACACAGCAGCUCUCGGGGUCUCCUGCAGCCAUUCCCGCAAGAGCAGCAUCAGAUAGUGAAUGUUGUAAUAUCAACCUGGAUACAGAGACCAGUCCCUGCAGUAGUGACUUUGAGGAAACCAUGGGCAAGAGGCUGCUGAGAACCUUGAGUGGUCGAAAAAGGAAGAGGUCACCCGAUGGAGAGAGAGCCUCUGAGGAGAACUCCAAUUUAACACCUCUGAUCACAUGAUGGGCAGACGACUUUUGCUGGGUGUGUGACAUUCCAGAGCUUUGGGGGAGAACCCACCCUCCCGUCAUCUGCUUCUCCCCGAGGCCUCCCACAGGUGACAGAGCAUUCCGCUUCCCUCGCCACCUCUUCACCCCUGUCAGUUUGGCAGACUUUCCCUCGUCGCCUCCAGCUGGACUCGGAGCCUUGCGGUGGCCAAGAUGGAAGGAGGUGCCUCGAGUGGAACAUGCUAGAAAUGGCCUUGUCCACAGCACAGUCUGGGACUGGAGAAAACAUGGCUCAAAGUUGACAAUGCCACUCUGGGACCCCUAAUGCCCUUUUUGUUCUUUGAGACCCCCUGAUGCCAUAUUUCAUGCGUAGCUUAGCUCAGAAGGUGCCGCUGACAGGCACAGCGGAGGCUGGAGCAGCAAGCAUGACGGUUGUUCAGAAGAUGCACCAAGAAUUCCUCCGGAACUUCAGGGCAGCGGGACUCAGCCAUGUGGGCAUGGCGUUACAAUACAGAGAACUGUUGGUGACCAGUUUCCUGUUAGAUAAGGGCUCCAGCAGCCUGGGAACUGGGUCUCAGCUGGAGUGGAAAGAAUGCAAGAUGGAACCUCAAGUCACUGAUUUUCCCAGGGACACAUCUGCUUUGGCUCCCAGUCGGCAGUCACCGAUCCAUCAAUCUGCUCUGGAAGAGGAGGAACCAGGAACAGAGAGAUCCAAUUGGGAGCCAGAGAUGGAGCUUCAGGUUUUAAGUUCAAAUCAGAGCAAAUAUAUAUUUACCCAUAUAUAUGUGUGUGUGUGUAUGGAAAAAUUCUAAGCUGUUGAAGCAAGUUUAGCCAUGACAAACCAAAGAGUGCCCACGUCAGCCAAGAAGGAUGCAAGGUCUCAUGGGACUUCAGUGUGCAUUGCACAGGAACAUUGAAGAGUCACUUUCUCAUCCACUCCCCCCACCCCUACCCCUUACUGCACCCCAGCAAGUUAGCCAUGUGUACUUUAUUCCAAGAACAUACUAGAUUUCUGCCAUUUCACUUGGAUGUGGGGGCAGAUGCAAUUCCAAGCAUAACCAUCAGAUGGCAGGAUGACUGCACGUACCUACUUGAAUAAAAAAGUUCUGAUCAGGACACAGAGCCAGCCUUAGGGAAAAUGUGGAAGUGAAGGUCUUUGGGACCCCAAGUCCCUUUCUGAUCUAUCGCCCUGAUCCAGUGCUGUCUGCUGAAUCUCCAAACCAUUCCCUAACUUUUCCCUGGAGUGGGCCACCAGGCUUACCUCCCCUUCCUCCACAACCAUUACUCCUAUUGCCCCAUUCAACCAAUAAUCAUAUGAUUCCUCUGGGUUAUUUGCAGCUUACCCAUAGGAAACUUUAACUCAGGGGUUAACUUGGGGUCCAUCACCCCAGAGGGUCCAUUGUUGGACUUCAUAGGGUCUAUGAAACCCCUACCACUAGGAAUUUAGUGUCUGUGUUCUUUUGCCUGUUUUCCAGAGGGCUAAAGCUUUCAUAGAUCCUCAAAGGUCCCGGACCCACAAAAAGUUAAAAACUAUUUUAACUGAAAGUGGAGCUUUCAGCCCAAAGUUUCUGCAAUGCAGAGUGAAGUGAGCACUGGCAGUUUGAGACCGAUUUUUAAUUGUAAGUGGUCUUCGCAAGUGUCCUUGAAACUGAUGGGGAGAGCUGGCACCCACCGAGAAGUGGAAGUCCUCGGAAAUUCUUGGCACACCCUACACCCCACACAAUCGCAUCCCCUCUUCCCCUCCGAACUGGAGCAGGUGUUGCAGACAGGAGGGCCACGGCGUGUGGAAGUAAAGACUUUGCAGCUGGCGAUGCCUUUCCCGGCAGCGUAUUAGCGAUGUAUUACUGACUUCACAUCCCUUGCCUGGCUCUGCCUAAGGCUCAGUAGUGCAUGACUUAUAGUUCCAAGGCUACCACCUGCCCCCAACACCUACUCUUGCCUGGUAGGAAUAGCAAAGUGUCACCCCCUCACCCCGCCCUGUGCUGGGUGCCUCAGACCCAAACCAGGGGACUGAGUUUCAAGAACUGUUAUGCAGUCUUCUUGCAUUACCACUUAGGCCACAGGGCUCAGGCCACUGCUGUGUGUUACAUCCAUCCCUUUGCAGAAUCCUUAAGGAGCCUGUCACCACUCUCAUCCCUAUUCCCCACCCCCAAUUUUCUUCAGGUUACAAAAAGUUGAAAAAAAAAAAAAAAGGACUUUAAUUUUAAAAUAAAGCAUUUAUGAAGACUUAAUGAAUUGUAAAUAAUUUUUCAAUAAAAUGAAAAUGCUUUC